UACGGGAUAAAAUAGUAAAUGUUCCUAACGUCGAGUCCUUCACAUUUCACGCAAGAAUAGAGAAUAUUCUCAAUGUCCCUGUCUUUCACUCUUUUUCUACCAGAAUCCAGAAACGCUGGUGCUCCAUCGCCCACAUCCUGAGAGUCAGAGAAGAGAUUGAAGGACACGAAAAUGGCGUUGACAGGCAACAAUUUAAUCUUGCAAAACAGAGUUCCCAUUCCCAUAGGCUUGCCAUUUUCAAAUCCUCGAUCUAAACCCAUUGUCAGUACUUCCCAAUCAAAUCCACCACUCCCUCUCCUUCACUGUAACCAUCGACCCACUUCCUUAUCUUGCACGGAAAACUCCGCUGUUUCAGAUGGCGUCUCCACCAGCAGCAGCAGCAGCAGCAUUUGGUCUCAAUUUGCUGCAAAUGUGUCUGGCGAAUGGGAUGGAUAUGGAGCAGACUUCACUUCUGAAGGAAAACCAAUUGAACUUCCUGAAUCUGUUGUGCCUGAAGCUUAUAGAGAAUGGGAAGUGAAGGUUUUUGAUUGGCAGACUCAAUGCCCUACUCUUGCUCAACCAAAUCAGCUUCUAAUGACCCAUAAAACCAUUAAAUUACUUCCCACCGUUGGAUGUGAAGCUGAUGCUGCUACUCGGUAUAGUAUCAAUGAGAGGGUUGUUGGAGGUUUAGAUAAUAAAGUUUCUGCCUUUGCUUAUAAAUCUAGUGGGUCUUAUGUUGCUGUUUGGCCAAUUCAUGAUAAUCAAUUUGAAUUAGAGCAUUGCUUGAUAAAUCCUCAAGAUAAAGAGUCUCGUGUUAGAAUAAUUCAGAUUGUUGAUUUAGAUAAUAGAAAUAUGAGAUUAAAGAAUAUUAGGGUUUUCUGUGAGCAGUGGUAUGGUCCAUUUAGAAAUGGUGACCAAUUAGGUGGAUGUGCUAUUAGAGAUACUGCUUUUGCCUCUGCUCCUGCUCUGGAAGCUUCUCAAGUUGUAGGACUUUGGCAAGGACCUAGACUUUUUGCCACUUACGAUACUUCUCAAACUGGCUUCCUUCAAGAACUGAAAGAUGAGAGCAUACAGAAGUCAGUAAUAGAUGAACAUAAUAUCAUAUUGCUCCCCAAGCAAUUAUGGUGUUCAGUAAAAGGAAGCAGCAAUGGUGAAACUUGCUGUGAGGCAGGAUGGCUAUUUGAUUAUGGAUCUGCUAUCACAUCAAGAUGCAUCUUCUCAAGCAAUGUGAAGUUAAAGGAAAUUUCAUUAGCAAGAGAAACUGCAACUACACAGGGUGUCUAGCUGCUAGUAACUAUAUGACCUAGACUGAACAAUUUAAUUUUCAGGUCGAGAACAGGGAAUGUAAGGUAUAUUUAUUUUCAGUUGUAGAAGACCAAAUUGAUGGGGAAAAAAAUCCAUUUGAAGUGCUCUAUGUUCAAACAUCUAGUGGUACACAGUUUUGUGUACUUCCAAAUGUUCAAAAAGUGACUUCAGCCACUAUUUGAUACUUGUAAAGUGGAACAUGAAAGAGUGAGAGUCUAUUACAUGCAAAAGAAAUGUUAAAGAAAAAUACAUUUUCAAGCUCUUGAGGGUUGUAAGUUUUAUAUUUUGAGCCUCCUAUAACUAUUCUUUAAUUAUAUAUGCUUUUGACCAUUGAGGCCAUGAGCUAUUCAAUAUGAGAGGAUACUGACUAUUGAGAACUUGGUAUUAUUUGUAGUCAAAACUUUGAAAAUCCAGCAGCUGUUUGGUAUUGUUUUUUA